ACUACGGCGUCAGAAUUGGUUUCUACACAAAUGUCUACGACUGGAAUCAGAUCACUAAGGGUGCUGUUGUCGAGGGAGCUAUGCUAUGGUGAGUACUGGAAUGUCAAUGGUGGAGGACCUAGUGGUGAGACCCCUGCCAAUUUUGACGACUUCCGUCCAUUCGCUAAAUUUACGAAGCCGACUAUGAAACAGUUUGGACAAAUGGAGUCAAUUUGCGGUGUUACAGUAAAUAGGUAA